CGCGCGAUACAACAGCCACCGAAAGCCUCCAAGCAUGCGAACGAACUCCCGCCGUUGACACCAGAAGCUAGUCGCGCCCUCAAAAUCGUGCAGAACGAUCUCGUGCGGAUGCUCGCCGAGAAACGGAUAGACAUACCAUUGUACGGUUCCGCCAUGGGCAAGCAACCGACGCCGGUCAAGGAGCAGAACGAGCAGAACGUCAAGAACCGCGCUCGCGAACAACGCUUUAACGCAGAGAUCGAUGCGAUGAAAGCCGAGGACCAAGCGUGGGCGAAGGCGGCCGAGUUUUACAACUCUUACCAGGCAAGCGUUUUGGCCGAACUGGAGACGAAGAAGCUGCAGAAAGCCAAGGCGAAAGCGGACCCGGGUGCGGACGACGUCGACGACAGGCUAUUACCGCCAACAUUUCGCGGCCCCGGCGGUGUUCAGCUCGCCCGUGCAGUUUUAGCGGACGAGAUACCGAGGCGGAACAAGCUCGCCGAGCGGGUCAGCGCUCUGCCGUUCGAGAUCGACCGAAUGCACGCCAGCGUCAGCGCCGCCCGGCUGUACACUCACGCAGUGGAAUCUCAUUUGGAUUCCUACUUUGCGUCCCUCUCGCUCGCUACGCACUCCUCCACAUCGGCCUCCACCUCCAGACCGCCGCGUCUCAACCCCGCGCCCCGACCCCUAAGCGAGCCUCCCGCCGCCAAACUGGACGAGCCGCGAAGCCCCCGCGACCUCCUUCGCGCGUUGGCACGCGUCGACGUCGAACGACCGCCAACGAAGGUUAGCGAAGCCGCGCGGAAGGCGAUGCGCGAGGUGCAGCGCGCGGCAAAAGAGCGGGCGGACGUGAUGCACACGCCGAGGAAACCGCCUCCUACGCCUAGACGAGAUCGAACUCCAGGGCGGGAGCGGACGCCAGGCCGGAGGUAGCGAGACGGCUCAUAAUUAUUAUGUUGUAUUUGUUUGCUUCUCUAUAUCGCGCGUCAGGCGCCG